AUGUUUCUCCUAACCGUGGUUCUUCUGCUGCAUCUGUCAGCCGAAGGGAGCUCGGAACCUGCGCCAAUCUCUUACGAAGAAUUCAUUAGUAAUUUCAUGUGGUACAUGAACGCUUUGAGGUCUUCUGUAGCAUAUGGAAUGGUGGUAUCAAAUUAUUGGGGAAAAGUAAAUCAACCAACUUCUGCGAAUAUGUUCAUGUUGGAAUACAGCCCUGAAAUGGAGGUGUAUGCUGCAAUCAAUGUACAAGGAUGUCAAUCAUCCAACUUCAUUCCGCCAGGAGGAUCGUUGAAUUUUGGCGUGAUGCAUUUAAGUAAAGGAGCUUCUUCUGCCAACGCAAUCGAUUCUCUCAGCACAACGAAUAAUCAUCUCUCUCGAGUUAUGCCGCAAGACUACAACUACACCAAACUCGAUACCGAUAGGUUAGAAGAUAUUGCCAAUGAUUGGCUCACACCGUUGAAUCAUAAUCUUACUGACAGCCAAGGCCAAGUCAUUUACAACAACCGAAACUUGGAGAGCCUCGCAAACAUUCAGAUGGAUUCCCGGUAG